CGGCGAUAACGGGAUGGGCGCCGCAAAACCGGACGGCGAUUUUAGAGCUUAGGGAAAUUUCUCUCCCAACGACAUCACAGUACGGGCCACGCGAGCGCCCACCAACCUACCAGCCGCGUCACGCAUGAACAAUUGACUGGUCUUCUCAAAUUCGAGCGCUUCACAUUUGUCCGACUCACACUCGUUUCAGUCCUUCUGCGCAACCAGUGGACUCCGAACUGAACCUUCCGUCGCAAAAUUCGCAACCAGUCGCGGUAGCUAUCACGGCCUUGGACGGCGGGACACAGGACCACAACACAAGCCCAGAGGACAAUCGAGGGCUCGCGCGAGCACAAGCUAUGGGUUCCGAUGGCGAGGACAUUGAGUCCGAGGGUCGGCCGCCCUAUCUUCAUGCUAUGAUUGCCGGUGGCAUAGGCGGCUCGACAGGCGACAUGCUCAUGCACUCUCUCGACACGGUCAAGACGCGCCAGCAAGGCGACCCCCACAUUCCCAGCAAAUACACCUCGCUCGGUCAGACAUACUGGACGAUAUGGCGGCAAGAGGGCAUUCGCAGGGGCUUGUACGGCGGCUGGUUACCAGCGUUUGGAGGCUCGUUUCCGGGCACGGUCAUGUUCUUUGGCACCUAUGAGUGGAGUAAACGGCUCCUUCUGGACCAUGGGUGCCAGCAGCACCUGGCCUAUCUCUCAGCUGGUUUCUUGGGCGAUCUGGCUGCUUCCGUCGUCUACGUCCCCUCUGAAGUACUCAAGACCCGACUCCAGCUCCAAGGUCGCUACAACAACCCUCACUUCAAAUCCGGCUACAACUACCGCGGUACCAUCGACGCAGCACGGACGAUUGUGCGCACAGAAGGCACAGCAGCGCUUUUUCAUGGGUAUCAGGCCACGCUAUACCGUGACCUGCCCUUCUCUGCCCUGCAGUUUAUGUUCUGGGAGCAGUUCCACGCGUGGGCGCGCCAGUACAAGCAAAGUCGCGACGUCGGUGUGCCGCUCGAGCUGCUGACGGGCGGCCUGGCUGGUGGGCUGGCAGGCGUAAUAACCUGCCCGCUGGACGUCGUAAAGACCCGACUGCAGACACAGGUCAAUGAGCCCAGUGGCUCUAGUACGCUCGCGAAAGAGGCGGGUGCAAGUACGCAGCGCAGAAGCAUCUCGACGUCGUCGCCCAACACGCAUCGACCGAAACCAGGAGCCGCCGCGCUGCACACGUCAUCUGUGAUCAAGGGGUUACAUGUCCUCUACCGCAGCGAGGGCAUAGCUGGCUGGUUCAGGGGCGUGGGGCCGCGAGGCGUGUGGACGUUCAUCCAAAGCGGGUGUAUGCUGUUCUUGUACCAGCGACUACUGCGGCAGAUGGAUACCUGGUUUCCUGAACAGGACGAGCCCAGGACCAUGUGAGAGGCGGCAGAACUUUAUCUUUUGGCGAUUUUGUGAAUAUGUACAACUACCAUAUAGACGGAUGGAAGACUAGAGGUCAGGCAGGAUGCAUGUACAAUCCCGGCAUCGUUUGGCGUUAGGGGAUGGAUAGAGCUUCGACACAUUGCUGUCAAACAACCCACACAACACAUAUGCACACUCGUAUCAAUAAACAUGAGAGA